AUGUUUAAUUUAUCUUUAAUGAAACAAUUUACACGGCUAGCGAUUGCUGUACCCAAAAUUCCAUCAACUGCUAAAAACAUUAGCACUGCAUCAGCCUUACAAUUUAAAAUUUCUGAUCAAUUAUGGGCUGAGCCUAUGAAGAAGAAGAAAAAAAUGGAUCCAGCUAUAAUAAAAGCUAGAGAGGAGAGGAGAAGGAAAAAAUUAGAGAAACAAAUUCGAAGAUUGGAAAAAAAUGCAAAACAACUGAAGCCAAUUGAUGAAUGUGAACCACCUCUUCAUGUUCUUGAUAACAUAGGAAAACGAAGACGCCCUGUAGUUAAAUUAUCAAUAGAACAAAUUGAAGAUCGGGCUUUGCUAAAUAAGGAUUGGUGCAGAUAUAAAAGACAGGAGUACAUGGCUAAUGUAGCACAAGUUGAUAGAAUAAUGAGGGCCCAGAAAAGAGCACUAGAUCAGCUUUAUGAAGUCUCUGAAGAGUUGUAUAAUGAAGCAAUAAUGCCUGAUCUGCAAUUAAUUCCAUACACAAUCGAGGGAACAUAUGCCACACCACCAAUUAAGAAGUAUGAUUCACCUGAUGGAGAAUAUGUAGAUGUUUCAAAGAAAUGGGGCAAUUAA